UAUGGCAGGAGAGUUUACAGGAGUUUGUGGAGCUUGUUGUGGAAUCAGCAGUUUCAUUCUAUUUUUAAUGAUCAUAUUAUCAUUUAGUUCAUUAGAUUAUAAUGAAGUUGGUUUAGAUUAUAGUUCAAUUACAAAAACAAUAUCUCCGAAAAUAUAUUCAGCUGGAAUACAUUUUCUAGGUAUUGGUCAUGAAUUUAUAACAUUCCCUAAGACAGUUUAGACUGUUGAAUUUUCAGAUGAUAAGGCUGCUGAUAGAAAAAUGAUACAUUCAAGAACAAGUGAUGGUUUAGAAGUGGUCUUAGAAAUUUCAUUUUAAUAUACGUAUUAAAUAAUUAAUAAAUUAAUACUAGUUACAAUUUAACUUAGCUAUAUUCUUUAUAUGCAACAUAUUAGACUAAACAUAAACCAAUUCUAAUUAGAUAAUCUAUAGAUAUUCUUUCUUAUGUUGCUACACAAUAUUCGGCAUAUGACUUUUUUAUGGAUAGAUAAAAUAUUGGAAUAGCAAUGUAAGCAGCCUUAGAUGAUUUAUUUGAAAAAGAAUUAUAUUCAAAUUGUGAGUUUUUUCAACUUAGAUCUGUGGAUUUACCAAAUGAUUUUGAAAAUGCCAUUUGGAGUUCUGAAGUAAAGAAGCAAGAAAUUGUUAAAGCCUAAGCUCAAAAGAACAAAACUGAAGUAGAACUAGAAACAAAUAAGAUGACUGCUUUGUACAAUAGAGAAGUAGUAUUAAAUUAAGCUUAUGGUGAAGCCAAUUCUACAUUAUCAAAUGGAAAGGCUAAGGCUGAUGCAUUUUUGACAAUUUAAGAAGCAAAUUAAAAAGGGUAUUUAAUUAUUAACAAUAUUUUAAGAUUGAAAUCUUUAAAAGAGCAUUUGAAGUUAGAUGGGAAAGGUGUAAUUGAUUAUUUGAAAAAUAAAGCAUUAAGAGAUUAUGAAGGUGAUGAUUUAUUAAUUUUUAUUUGA